UGAGUGUUGAAGUCACCACAAUAUCCAUAAGUGUUAUUUACACAGUGUCCCAGUGAAAUGUCUUACAGCCAGCAGGAUUACCUCGAGGCUGGUUGAGGAUGAGCCCUAUAGUGCGCCUGAAGAUCAGAGGGUGACAUGCGCACUGCGCGCGAGGCGCUCACAAGCCGCGAGGACACAAUGCUGGGAAAAUAAAGCGCGCAGCUUUGCUUCUUGAUGUCUUGCCUUUAUCUAAGACAAGCUGUUAUGACCUGUCCCAUCAGGAAAAGUGUCAGUGUUUGGUUUUCGGCACUGGUAGAUUGACUGCUGGAGGUGGAGGUGGUGGAGGAGGUGGAUGUGUCUGUUUGCUGGGAGCUCAGUGGUGGACCUGUUGAUAGCCCACCGGCGCUGCAAUGGAGGUGCCAAACAGAGAAAGAAUGACAUGUAACUGAGACAGGGAGUCACAAAGAAGACGCCAUUCAUCCAAACAACCUGUCAAGUGUAUAGGAUGGAAAUCAUGGAUGCUCAGCGUGCCUUGGAAGCUGUGGAGAGACUGCAAGCCAAACUAAAGGAGAGAGGAGAGGCCCCCACGCAGGAGAAACUCUCCCUGCUAAAGACCGUCCUGCAGAGUCCCCUGUUCCAUCAUAUACUCAGCUUACAGCAAGCUCAGCGGAAGCCCCCGGCAAAGGGGAAGAUUUCCAAAUCGGUGUCCAUGAACUGUGGCCCCUGCCAGGGCUUGAUGCUGGGCCUAAAGACGCUGAGCCACAGUGACUCCUACACCUGGGCCAUGGAGAACCGGAGGCCCAGCAAAAACAUCCACAGGGACGACAGCAUCUCUUCUCUGGGCUCGCAGGAUCUGUCUUUCUCAGAAAUCUAUUCAGAGAACUGCAUCCACACUGAGUCACAAUACUGCACUCCCCCUCGAAUCUCCCGCACCAUGUCGAUGGGGAGAAACCUGUCUGCUAUUGCUCACGAGAGGCGUCACGUGGAGAUGAUAGAGCUGAUCAAUGAUGGGAAAGGGCUUGGUUUUGGCAUCAUCGGUGGGAGGAGCACAGGAGUCAUGGUCAAGACCAUCCUUCCUGGUGGAGCUGCCGGACGGGAUAAGCGGCUGCGUAGCGGAGAUCAAAUCCUGCGCAUCGGAGAUACAGAUCUGGCGGGCAUGAACAGCGAGCAGGUUGCACAGGUACUGCGAAAUGCUGGCACCAAAGUGAAACUGCUCAUCGCCAGGGAUAUUAUCAAGGACAAAUUCCUCUCCUCUCCUGUCCUCAGCCAGGACAGCUUGGACGGCAAGCUCAAUGACUUGAAUGACGACUACGAGUUCAGUGUGCAGUUCACUAAGAACAGUCGGGGGCUGGGAUUCACCAUAUCUAGCUACAUAGGUGACCUAAACUCAGUCUACAGCGCCGGUGUGAUAGUGAAGAGCAUAGUGAAAGGCAGCACUGUCGAUCAAGAUGGACGCAUCAACAUCGGAGACAUCAUCCUGUCUGUGGAUGGGGUGAGCCUGCAGGGCUGCAGUGAGCAGCGUGCAAUGGAAGUGCUGAGGAGGACGAGUCCUCUGGUCAGACUGAAGCUGCUGAGGAAGGCGGUCCGUCUGAGUCACAUCCUGCCUCCGGUUCCUCCCCUGCAGCCCCUCCGACACUCCCACAGCUUCAACGAGGGGAAUCCCUACAGACGGGGCCUCAACAAGAUUCAAGAGACAGGAAUCUGCUCGCUGCGUGAAAUCUCCCGGCGAGCGGCGUAUGCCAACGGACGUCCCCGACACAAUUCCAGAAACGGUGUGAAACUGGCGCCGGCUGAGGAGGAAAACCUGAGGAAGAGGUGGCAGCAUGCAGUCGGACAGCGAUAUGAAGUUAUUGUGUGUCAGCUGGAGCGUUUCGGUGAGACGAGCGGCCUCGGCAUCAGUCUGGAAGCUCGGGCGGGACAUCACUACUUGUGCUCCGUCUUACCUGAGGGGCCCGUUGGCCAAAACGGCAAGAUCUCCACGGGAGACCAGAUAUUGGAGGUGAAUGGGAUCCCUCUCAUUGGAGAGACACAUAAGGAAGUGGUCAAUAUUCUGAAGGAGCUGCCGAAGCGUGUUUGCCUGGUGUGCUCUCACGUUGUACCCCCUGCGAUUCCCGACAGUGAUGAGGAAGAUGACGAUGAUGCUCAUCUCACCCUGAAAGAGCUGCUGGCUGAGUUCAAUGACAAGUUGGACCAGGGUUGUGUCAUCCCCUGUCCUACAGCUGAGGACAUCACCAAGCGUGGCGUGCCCCCCAUGUCACCUCCUCUGGCCAUGUGGGAGAGAGAGGCUCAGGUGGUCGAGCUGGAGAAAGGCGAGUCGGGACUGGGCUUCAGUAUCCUGGACUACCAGGAUCCAGAAGAUGCCACUAAAACAGUCCUGGUAAUCCGGUCCUUGGUGCCUGGAGGCGUAGCAGAUCUGGAUGGUCGCCUGCUGCCUGGAGACCGACUCGUGUUCGUUAAUGAAAGUGAGCUGGAAGGCUCCAGCCUGGAUUAUGCUGUGCACGUCCUGAAGUCCACCGGCUACGGCCCUGUCCGCGUUGGAGUUGCCAAACCACUGCCGCUGGAACUGUGUGGCGGCUUAACGCCCAUCUCAGAGAGGAGCUUGCGGGCUUCCUGCGAUGACACUGACAGCCACGCUCAGAUCAGCCUGCUAGCUGAGGCUAACAGAAACACUUUCAACUUUGAGGACAACAGCAUCGUCCAGCCGUGUUACGCUACAACGGAAAACCGGCUGCGGCAUCGUUUCGACAUCAUGGAGGACGACGGCAGGCAGCAAGCGCCGCCUCUGCCCCCCCGCACCAGCUUUGAGAGGACAAUCACUGUUGUCCGGGGCAACCGUAGCCUUGGGAUGUCGGUGAGUGCUAUCAAGGACGGCUCAGGCAUGCUGGUGCGCAGUGUGGUCCAGGGGGGCUCUGUUAGCCAGGAUGGCAGGCUGGGGGUGGGGGACGCCAUCUUGGCCAUCAACGGAGAGCCUACUUCCAAUCUGACCAACGCCAGGGCCAGAGCCACGCUCCGCAGACACUCUGUCAUAGGGCCAGAGAUAAGAUCUACCCAUGCAGAUCUUGACAGUCUGUGUGACUCGAAUGACAUAACCUAUGUCCCAGCCCAUCAGGUGGAUGACCACCGUACCCGUCUGUGUUUACCCCCUCUGGCAUCCAUCGGAGCAGACAGCGCCUCUUCCUCGCCUACCCCACUGACUCCUUCUCCAGAACCGUCCAGAUCCCCCGGUCCAGUCAGAGCUGCAGCUCCAGAUCCAGCUUCAUCCAUCCUCAAACCCUCUGCCUCAGUCAAAUUUAAAGCCGCAGCUCCAGAUCCAGAGGUAGUCAGAGCCGCUGCUUCAUCCAAAGCUCCAUUCAGAGGCCUAGUCCCUACCAUCACCCCGGCCCCAGACUCAAGUUGGCAGAUUCCAAAGUCUCUCGCUCACAAGAAGAAGGAGAACGGAAAAGAAGUUGGAGAGAUUGUUGAGUCGAAAAAGGACCAGAGUAGCGCAGAUGGGAAAGUACCACAGCUGGAGGUGCACGGUAAAAAUGAAGGACAAGAGGAGCUUCAUUCUCAUACCACAGUUUCUUGGGAUCAACCUAGAAGUGUGCGGCUGACUCGAGCGCCGGGCCAGUCCCUGGGUAUCAGCAUAAUGGGAGGCAGAGGCAUGGGCCGGAGACUGAGCAGUGGAGAGAUGAUGAGGGGAGUCUUCAUCAAGCACAUCAGCCCCGACAGCCCGGCAGCACAUAAUGGCACCCUCCGGACUGGAGACAGGAUACUAGAGGUGUGCGGUGUGGACCUACGAGAUGCCAGCCAUGAGCAGGCGGUGGAGGCCAUCCGCAGGGCCGGAGACUCUGUGAUCUUCCUGGUCCAGUCUGGACAACACAGAUCUCAGUCCCCUAUGCUUACCAACCAUGAGAGACUAACUCCAACACCGCAGUCUAACUCACACAGCAGCAAGGAAGCAGAGACUCUCAGUCUGUUCCUUAGUGUCUCCCCUACAAACCCCUUCACUCCCACCCCCUUUAAGGUACCUUCGCCGACAUCCAAUAGAACAGAUAGGAGAAGCCCCAUAACCGUCGCAACACCAAUCACAGCGGCAGCUGGAGACGAGGGCGAUACUGGCAGGAAAAAGAUGCUUCAGCGUUAUGGCAGCCUGUCUGGGAAGCUCCAUAUGAUUGAGCUGGAGAAGGACCCUGCUGCUCACGGCCUGGGAAUCGGCCUCUCGGGGAACAAGGACGGUUCCAGGGCCCGCAUGAGUGUCCACGUGGCGGACAUAGACCCUCAAGGACCUGCUGGUUUAGACGGGAGGAUCCGGGUUGGAGACGAGCUACUAGAGAUCAACGGUCAGAUCUUGUACGGCCGGAGUCACCAAAACGCCUCGACUAUCAUCAAUAACGCUCCGUCUAAAGUCAAGAUCAUUCUCAUCAGGAAUAAAGCAGGUCAAACGGCACAGGGAUCCACAACAGAGAGCGAGGACACAGUCGACUCCCAGACGGACUCUGCCGAGCGUGGAGGAUUAUCCAGAGACAUCCAGCACAUCAUCCUACCUCAGGAUCACACAGGUCUUGGCCUCUGCCUGGCACAGGGGGAGUCCAAGGAAGGAGCGGUGGUCAGGUCCCUGAUCCAGCACGGCACUGCCAGUAAGGACGCAAGGAUAAAGGUUGGAGACAUAAUCAUAGCAGUGGGUGAUGAACCUUUGUCAGGACUGUCAAUAUCCCAGGUGUCCAGUUUGAUCCUCAAACACCGGGUCACUGUCAAUCUCUCCAUCAGCCGUGAGAGUCUCUCCUCUUCUUUUCCUCUACCUCCCCCGACAUCUCUUUCCCAUCCCUGCCCUCUCUCUCCUGCUUCCAUCCCUGUCUCCUCCUCUUCAUCACUCAAUGCCACGCAGACCUCUCCCAGCGGGUGCUCUGAUUUGCUCGGAGCAGCUCCCACAUCUCCUGACCUCCUGAGCUGCCCAGUCGUGGCUGGCAGAGAAACCACAAUCGAGUUUUGUAAAGGAAGUGUAGGCCUGGGCCUCAGCAUUGUAGGAGGGUGUGACACUCUGCUGGGGGCAGUAAUAAUCCAUGAAAUAAAUGAUGGAGGAGCAGCACAGAGAGACGGGAGGAUACAGGCUGGAGACCAGAUAUUAGAGGUAAACGGUAUAGACCUGCGACUGGCCACUCACGACGAGGCCAUUGGCGUGCUGCGGCUCACCACCCAGCGUAUUCGCCUGUGCGUCUACAGGCACCAAGAGGCCUACAGGGAGGAAGACCUGUGGGACGUCUUCAGCCUGGAGCUGAGGCCUCGUCCUGGAGAGGGGCUGGGUUUCACCACUGUGGGGAAGAGUAAUGACACGGGCAUCUUUGUGUCAGAUAUCAUCAAAGGAGGCGUAGCGGAUUCAGAUGGCAGGUUGCUGCUAGGUGACCAGAUUCUGUCAAUCAACGGGGAGGAUGUCCGUGCAGCAUCACAGGAACAUGCACACAAACUUCUGCAGAGUUGCAGCGGAGCGGUCCUCCUGGAGUUGGCUCGGUUUAAAGCUGGGCUACAGUACUCACAGCAGAGCCAGGAGUACUUUAAGUUGUGUUUCAUCCAGAGCGAAGACUCUGACUGCUCCACCCUGACCCACUCAAGUGAAUGUGAUGCUACCUUCAGCCACCAGAGGGAGACAGAUAACAAGACAGGGAGCUACUCAUUUCCAGACUACCCUGAGACCAGAAAAGUAAUAAUACAAAAGGGUCCAUGUGGCUCCCUGGGCAUCAGUGUAGCAGGAGGAGUGGGCAGUCCCCAUGACAACGUACCUCUUUUUAUUGCUGCCAUGGAUACCAAUGGACUGGCUGCCAAAACGCAGCAAUUACAGACAGGAGACAGGAUCCUCAGUAUCAAUGACGUGUCCAUGGAGGGAAUGACUCACGUCCAAGCGGGAGACAUGCUGAACAACACCACCGGACCCAUCAGUCUGCAGGUGACAGCGGGUUCAGGUGGGUGCAGCACAAAGGAGCACAAUGAUGUGCAUGCGCGGUCGUCAGGCCAGCCCAGCAGCCUGCCCCGCUUUCACAACAACCUCUGUGCUCGCACAUAUAAGACCAUCACUCUAGAGAGAGGCUCCUCAGGUCUGGGCUUCAGCAUCGUAGGAGGGUUCAGCAGCCCUCAUGGAGACCUGCCCAUCUACAUCAAAACGAUCUUCAACAAGGGGGCGGCCAUAGAGGACGGCAGGCUGAAGGGUGGAGAUCAGAUCAUUGCCGUGAAUGGACAUUGUCUGGAGGGUGUGACUCACGCUGAAGCCGUGGACAUCCUCAAGAAGACCAAGGGAACUGUAGUCCUAACGGUACUCUCUUGAGACGCAGCCCAUUGUGUCCGAUUGACAUUAUGUUUUUACAAAGUAGCAAAGUAGUGAAGUAAUGUAGCUGCCUCCCGUAGCACUGCCUCACACACACCUGAGAAGGCAAAUGUGGACAGUUAAAGUGAUAUAGUUUUGUUAAAAAUCAUAAGAGGAGUAGAUACUGUUAGUUAUCUGAAUUUAGUUCGGGGAAGCUACCUCUAACUGCAACUAGGUGUGUUAAAGGGUAACGGUUUAUUUCAACCCGCACCCUAUUUUGUCCAAAUUUUGUAUCUAAGUGACUUUUGGGGACAACAAUCCAGUACUGAGGGAGAACGCUGCUAGGGCAAGUGAUCAGUGUCAGUGUAACGUUACGUCCACUAAAAGUGCUUGCUUUUGCCGCUGACAGGCUCAGAUUAUUAUUAUACGUGUCUGUCAAAAUUAUGGAAAUGUCGCUACAGAGAAGUGAAACGUUUUUCUUACCUUUCACUUGAUCUGGUCUGUUUGUUAUUGUGUCCAAGUCACGCUCAAGGAGAAGUCU